AGACAGCUCCCGUCGAACACGUCCGGCGAUUGUUCAUUGAAAGGGUUUCGCUUGACGAAAUAUUGUAGCUUAUCAAGGGUACAAUGGCAGGCCAAGUUGAUCGGGAUAAGUUAGUUUAUCAGGCUAAACUAGCUGAACAAGCUGAGCGUUAUGAAGACAUGGUAGACGCGAUGAAAUCAGUGGUGGAAAGUAAAGAGGGCAACGACUUGAGCAACGAGGAAAGAAAUCUGCUGUCGGUGGCUUACAAGAACGUGGUGGGCGCGCGGAGGUCUGCCUGGCGAAUCAUUUCGAGUUUUGAGCAAAAGUCAGAAGUUGGAAAUAAAGCCGAAUUGGCCGAGGAAUAUCUCAAUAAAAUAAAAGAAGAACUGAAGGAGAAGUGCAACGAAGUCUUAAAAUUGAUCGAUGAACACCUCCUUAAGCUCGCUGAUACAAAUCAAGGGGACGCGAAAAGCUCCGAACCAAAGGUGUUCUACUUAAAAAUGAAAGGCGAUUACUACCGUUAUCUGGUCGAGAUUGAGCCACAGGAAAGCGACGAACGCAGAGAUUUAGCGGAAAAAUCCCAGAAAGCUUACGAAGAAGCAAAAGAGAAUGCUAAGCCCUUGGCUCCAACUCAUCCCAUUCGUCUUGGUUUGGCGCUCAAUUUCUCCGUGUUCUACUACGAGAUUAAAAAUGACCAAACACAGGCCUGUAAGUUGGCGAAAGAAGCUUUUGAUGAGGCGAUAGCCGAUCUGGACAGUGUAGAAGAAGAUUCUUAUAAGGACAGUACUUUGAUAAUGCAACUUCUGCGUGACAAUUUAACUCUGUGGCAAUCAGACGCUGGCGAUACCGAAGUUGAUGGUGGAGAUUGAAGUGUUAAAGUUUAUAGUGUAAACCUAUCUUCCUUGCCUUGAACUGUUAGCACUGGAAUAAAGAAAGUUCAGGACAUGUAGGCUAAAAACAAUGAACGAUGUAGCUCUUAACUGCUAAGUUGACUAUAAAAAGCUGGUAGCAUAAGCGUGUAUUUACAGUUUCUUUCGUGCACUGUUGGUUACAGAUCACUUGUGCUCUAAGUAAAGGCAGUUGAAAUAUGCGAAGGUAAACUGAAAAGUGUUAUCUCGUUGUAUUUAAACGUCAAGCGUAAAGCGAUGCUGUGAACAUCAGGAAAAUCAAGAGUAUGAAGGUCUGUGCUUUUCAAUACCAGUGAAGUAUUAGUGGUGUUUUUCUUUGGAACGGAAUUAAAGCCAUUUACUGCCGUGCUAA